AUGUCGGCGGUGGUGCAAAACGUCGACGUCGACUCGAUGCCGACCAACGGCGAGGCGGAAUCGACGGCGGCGAAUGCGGUUCUCGACUCGACGGCGACGAGCGACAUCGCCGACGUUCGCAUGAGCGAGGCCGAACCGUCCCGCACGCUCAACGCCGAGUCGGAGCCGGCGACGGCGACGGACUUGCCACCAGUCGCCGUCGAGGCGGUCGCCGACGGCCGGACCAGCUUCACGAGCUACCUGCAGAGUCCCAUCGUCAACCUGCUGAUCGGCGAGGGCCAGGAACAGACCCUCGUCACGGCCCACCAGGCGCUGCUCGUCCAGAGUCCCUUCUUCGAGUCCGCCUGCCAGGGCUUCGUCGAGGACGGCAGCCCGCGUCAAGUAGAGCUUCCCGACGAAGACGCGGCCGCCGUCGGCGGUUUCCUCGAGUUCCUCUACACCGGCGAGUACUUCCCCAAAAAGCUCGCCGGCCAGCGGGCGCUCGAAUCGGACCCGAGCCUGCCGGCCGUCGACGACACGGGCGAGCACCUGCUCCUGCAUGCGCGCAUCUAUACGCUGGCGGAAAAGUUGGGCAUGAGCGCGCUCAAGUCGCUCGCCGGCUCCAAGAUCCACUGCGUCAACUCGACGGCCAAGGGUGAGAUCACGUACGCGCGCUACGUCUACGGCCACACGAGCAACGACGACGCCAAGGUCCGGGCCCCGAUCGCGAGCUUCUGGGCCGCCCGCUCCCACACGCUGCGAUCCGAGGCCGAGGACGAGUUCAAGGCCCUGUGUCUCGAGCACCCUCAGUUUGGAUACGACGUCCUCACCCGGGUCCUCGACGACAAGCUCAAGCGCGAGCGCAACGAGAAGAUGCACCCGUCCACGACCAGCAGCCGGAAGAGGACGCGUCACAGCGUCGGCGGCACGGCGCCCUCGGCGUGA